AUGGCAGUGUUCCUGCUUGGCCCAGUGGGGACUCGCUUGACGUUCAACGCCACUACCAAGGUGGUGGGACCGGUGGAGACUGCUCUGGCGCACCAGGCAGAGGAGGCAAGCUGGACAAGGUUGUGCGAGGUCCGCAAGCCUCCAGCAGCAAAUUACACCAAUGAUGCGGAAAAAAGACAUUUCGCUGGGAUCGUCUUGGCUACUGCGAAGACGGGGCUUAAGGCUUACACGCAACGUAAAGCAGAGGUGGAGAAGUGGUGGCUGGCCUUAAAUGACCCGGCCGAACUCCGUGGAAAAAGCGUACGUUUGAACGCGGAGGAGGCACGUUUUCGUUUGUUUCAGCAGCACGUGGAAAGAUUGUAUGUGGUGUGUGAUAACCUGCUUGGCAUGCUGGGGUUUCUCGCCCCGUUGCCCAUUGAUCUCUCGAUUGUUGAGCAAAAGGAGGAGGUGGAGGCUGUGCGGGUUUUAGUGACUCAAAAAUUUCGCCCCAUUCUGGGGGCGGAGACGGUGAAUCGUUUUGGGAACGAUGAGCAGCGGGCAUUUUACGAGUACGUCCCAGAGAUCGAGGCAUUGGCGGAUGGCGCACUCCUUUCGUUGCUGGCUACCGAGAAGGCGAACUGGGAUUUGUUCUCGCGCCACAGCAGAGGCUGCGGCGGGGCGACGGCAUCGCCGUCAGUGUCGGCUUUGCCGGCCGCGAGUCUUGGCGACGGCGGCGACAGUGAGGAGGACUUGCUGCACGGCGACGGUGGCGGCGACGACGACGACGAACUGGAGGGCAGCAGGUGCCAAACUCGCCCCGAGGCCGCGACGUUAGUGAGGCGUCGGCGACUGCGACUGGCGAAGUUGGCUGUCCCCGCGGCCCUGUUUGACGACUACGCAGCAGUAUUGAGUCUGCUGGAGGAACUUGACCGCUGCACCACCGCCGCUGCGAUGGAUGACUGGUGCGAACGGUUUGCCGGAGAGGCACUUCGGCCGCUCCGUCGGUCGCCGGGGAACGUCGUUGGGGCUCCACUCUUCUUUACAAACUGCCGGAUAUUAUUGACGCUGGAGCUGCGCCACUUUCCGCGCUUCCGGCACCCUGCAAAACUUCCGUUAACGGCCCGCUGCGCCGCCAUCUUUCACCAGUACUUUCCUGAUGUUGGAGGCUACCUUGGCGGCGGGCUGGAGGCGCAAUGGAGACGGGAGUUUAACGCCGCCUCCACCACGACAAGAGAGGCAGCUAUCGCAGGCGGCGUAUGCAGCGACGCGGUGUUGCAGCGUCGUUGGACUUCCACCGUGCGGUACUUGUGUGAGUUGAUGAAGUUUGCAACUAUUCCACCGGGACGGGUGCUGAGCGUUUUGAGCGUCGCGAUGGAAGACCUGAAGCAGCCCUGCAGUGCCGCAGCCAUCGCUGCUGUCAUGGAGCACGGGGGUCUUUUUUUGCUUCGCAACCACGCAACACGUCGAACGGCGGAGAAGCUUGUUAACAAACUUAAGCACAUGGUGGCAGAGGAGGAAAUCGGCGAGGAGUGCUCGCGCACUAUCACGCAGGCGUUUGCUCUGUUGCAAUCAGCCCCCCCUGCCUGCGUUGUGAGUUGCCGUUCUGCUCCGGAAGAGCAGAGCCCAAUGGCGAAGUAUGUGCAGUAUCUGCUGCAAAAACUCCUUACCCCGACGACGUAUAACUUCGUGCGUACGGAGCUGCUUAAGAUGCCGUGGGACAAUGUUGAGAGUCGGGACAUGCUCACCCGCGCACUGCGCGCCGCACCCAAGGUGAGUUGGGACGCCAUACCAUUUCUGGCUGAGUUCCUGGUCGAGCUCGCCCGAGGAAGCUAUAUCGAGGUGGUGCAGCGUAUUUUGCACGAGAUCGUGGAGGACAUACGGCGUGACUUGGAGGUCGGCGCCGCGCCCACAGAACGCGCCCAUGGCGACGCGAUAAAUCACCGGAUGAACUCUGGGUUUUGCCUCGCCUACCGUCCGCUGCAGUGGCGCCUGGUUGACUGUUUUUAUCUCGCCAACCUCUACCGUCUUCGGCUGGUUUCUUUCCGUCUCGUCGUCCACGUGUUGCAGCUGAUGUUGCUAUACUUUCCUUGUGCCACAGCUCACGGCAACGACCACAGCCGUCUGCAGUGCUCGGUUGCUCUGCUUUGGGAGUGCCUCCCGUUCCUCCCUUGGAUCUCCAACUCACGUGCGGGUGGCCUCACUGGGGGACGCUCGCGGGCGUCGCGGACCAUGGAGCGCCUUGACAGUUUGCAUCAGCUCUUGCGAAAGCUCAUGUCUCUGCUAUUUCUCCACCGGUUUAGCCUUUCAGGGCCCCUGUCGCUGCAACUGCAACUUCGCCUCAAGGAGCUUGUGCAGCAGCUUGACAAUAACAUGCGCUCUGACGCGGCCCAGCGGGAGGCAUGGGUGCGGCUCUGCGGCCAGGAGCAGUCGCAAGAGUUGGGGCCGAAGGAAGUAACGGCGGAGGAUCCACAAACCAGCGGCCCUCAAGAGGAGGGAGCGCCAUCGCAGAUGUUGAGGCUCCCGGAGACGCUGGCAGAUGCCGAGGCAUACGCCAAGGCUGUAGCGGAAGAGGCUGUGCAUCCUGCCAAUGCGUGGUAUGAAAAAGCCCAUGAGGUCUUCAAAGCCUGUCAGGCCGCUGGGCCUUCGUUUCGCCUCUUUCGCGUAGGCGACCAAAAUGAGCCACUGACACCUGCGGCGGAGUCUGUGGACACUCACGGCGCCGGGACGGAGGACGCCAUAGCCGCAUCGAUGGAUUUCCUUCCCGAAGAGUUGGAGCAUGCAGACGAGGCUUCCACCGAAUCUGGCGCUGAGACAGAGGAGGAUGAAAAUUCCGCGCAUCAGACCGCCACCAGCGGCACUCGCAGCAGUAUAGGAACUAUCAGCAGUUCUACCUCCUACUACUACGAGAGCGGUAGCGAGAGCGACAGCAGCGGCGAAGAUAUCAUCACGUCAGCCACCUCCUCUGCUUCUCUGUCGGAGGCAACCUCCGCAGACGACGAGGACGACGACGACGACGACGAGGAGGAGGACGAGGAAGAGGAAGAGGAAGAGGAAGAGGAAGAGGAAGAGGAAGAGGAGGAAGAGGACGACGACGAAAGUGAUGAGGAAGAUGUGGAGGAGGAAGUCAAGGAAGGCGAUAUGUUUGCUGCAGCAGAAGCGCUGCGACUUCGGCUUGAAGAAGCCGAUCUUGACGCCCAGCUGUGCAACCUCAUGUCGGAAAACCCCAGAGAGGCCAUGGGAAAUGCCGCCGCCGCCGCCGCCGCCGCGGUAGCGCGGGGCAUGGCUGCGGAACGUCUCAUGGAGCAGGACCUGGCGAUGGGCAUGCGAAUGCAUCGCCAGCACCAGCGUCACUGCGUGCAAAAUACUCGCCUAACGUCUGCAGCUGAAACGCAGGAAGAGGAACCGGCGCAGGCGGUGUGUUUCACGCUGCUGCGGCGCCCUCCGCUUAACAGUUCGGCUACUGGAAAGGCAGGGGGCGCGGGCGUGGCUGCUGCUGCUGCUGCGGCUGCUGCCACCGCUAUGACUCCUUCCACUGCGGCGGUUGCGUCAGGAAACGUGGUGAGCAAGAAUAACUUCGCCGUUCUUAGCGUUCCCCGUGACGCAGAAUUUGCCAAGAAUGCUAUGGUGUCACAAGAGCAUUAUCGAGAGCAGCAAGAAGAGCUGCGUGAGAUCACUCGGCGCAUCAAUCGCAUGCAAGAAGAAGAGACGAGUGCCCACGCUCUGAAGCCAAGAGUCUCGAGGUAG